GGGGAACAAGACGAAGAUCUUUCUUAGCCCAGCUACCUCGUCUCCAUGUUGGCGCAGCCGUGAAUGUCAAAGUGCGUCUAGCAGUAUCUAGUGCCAGACGCAGUUUUCUUGGCAAAAUCUCUUCGUAGGUCCGAUGAUAUCAUCUGCGUCCUCCUCUAUCAUUUCUUCGAAAAAAGCAAAAUUCCAGCUCACCCACCUGAUCACUUCGCCGAAGCUCCGGGUCGGUCUGGAGUCCACGCUGGGGGUGAAAAGACUGCUUCCGCUACAGGAAAAGAUCUUUUUCCGGCUGUGUCGCGGGAAAAGCCUACUACUCGCCAGUCCGGCGAACAGUGGCAAAACUCUGGGGUGUUUACUGCCCGUCUUGGAGCGCCUGCGGCUGCAGAACAAGGGCGGUGGUGGUAGUAGUUUUUUGACAAACAAUAACAAAGGGAAUAUACGAGGAGGUGCACCUCCUCCUGAUGUAGUUGUAGCCGGCAAUACGAGUCGGCCUUGUUUCCUCGACCCGGCGCCGCAAGUUCUCGUUUUAGUGCCUUCAAGGCAGGUGGCGAAGGAGAUUCAUUCGUUGAUUAGUGGACUGACUGGAGUCGCGAAGGUUGGGCAGAGUGCGGCUUCUUCAAGUGCGAUUGGCGCUGGUGGAGCGUGCACGUCGAGCAGGGGACCCUACAAGACAGCUGUUUUGCACGAAGGGCAGGAGGAAGAAGUGCCUCAGAGACCAUCAUCAAACCGCAGGGGAGGUCAUGGUACAGCGUCAGCGCUACUUAAUAUCGACGAGGUGAAUGGCGCCAACAUUCUGAUCACCACUCUGGGCCGAGCACAGUGGCUGUUUCGGAGAAUCGCGCACGACAAUUAUGCUCUGGCGCGCAGCAGGGCGAGCGCGAGAUCAAGACAUGACUAUCAGAAACGGGGCAAGAAGAGUGCCAGCGCGAGUGAAUAUUGUGCGGGAGGAGACCACGAGUGGGACACGACGUCGCCACAGGCAGCCCGAGCCCCCGGUAGUGCUGCUUCCACCUCCUUAGCCUCCUUCACGAGAAACCUGCAAACCGUCUUUAUCGAUGACUGCGACUACAGCGAAACUAGCUUGGCGUACGUGAAGAGUCUGCAGUUUGUGCUGGAGAGACUGUUUGUUCACCAAGGAGGAGGCAGAAGGACUCAGACGGCGGGUUCAUCUCAACUGAUUUUCGCCUCAUCCACCCUGCAGGUCCCGCAGGCGAUCCAGGAAAUGGUUUUCCAAAUGUUCCAGACCCAGUUUUAUUGUGCGGCCACGGGCGAAGUGCAUCAUGCACGUGGAACAUGUGCAGAUGCUGGGGCGCGGCCUGGGUUUAAGACCGUAAGAGGUGGCUCGUUUGUCGAGGUUGAAGAAGAAGAUCACUUGGUUCUGAACGAGGAAAGUGUGGUGGAGCAUAAGGACGUCGUGCUUUCCUCUACAUCAGCUCGGAAUAAGGCUACUGCGGGCCGCUGCUCGGCGGCGACACCUGCAUCGUUCGGGGAGCGGAAGAUCACAGGAGCUGCUUCUGUUUUCGGACCAGGAUCGACAGCCUAUAGUGCGGGAGGAGCAGGAUCCCCUGAUUUGGAGAGUGCAGAUUCUCCUCUACAUUCCGAGGCGGGCCGCGAUGAGAACUGGUCCCAGGGACAGGAACGGUAUUUGGAUGUCGAAGACACAUCUGAUGCGAGUACAGCAUCUUCAUUUGGCGAGCAUGACGAACAAAGCAGCCUCGUUUCCGCCGCGAACUGCACUUUGGAGGAUUUUCGCACGAGGAUAGACCACCGGUUUCUCAUGCUGCCUCACACAACAUCUUGUUCCAACUCCGGAGCUACGAAUGGAUCACUUACUUCCGACAAGAACAAAAAGAAAGCGAGGGCGAUUUCCUCCCAAUGCGACUACGCAGAGCGGGCUCAAGUGCUCGCCAGGCUGCUCGAGGUGGUGUUGCAGCAUCAGAGUGGCGCUUGGGGAGAUGAAGGCGCAGGAGCGUCAGCUGAUGGCGCAAAAGGUGAUGAGGUUGACGCGUAUGAUUACCACACCAAAAACAACUUUGGCAAAUCAAAAAAAUGCUUGGUCUUCGCCCGAACGCCGGAGGAGUGCGAAACGCUGUGCAGCCACCCUCUGUUACAGCAGCAGCGGCAACAUGGAGGAUCGAAAAAUUAUGCUCCGAAACUUCGCGUGAAGGCUUUGCUUCCGAUGAAAGAGCUUGCGGGUAAUCAAGAUCAUGGGGAACACGUGUCAUUCUUCGGGGAGCAAAACAGGAAGGCAUCCUCCAGCUUACUGCACCACUCGCUGGCGAGGCGACAACAGAUUUUGUCGCAGUUUUUUCAUUUGAGAGCGAACGAAUUGGAUCAUGCUGCUGGUGGUGAGGACCUAAUCAUGAGCUCGAGCGAAGAUGAUGAUGGUUUGACUUCGACGACAACCAAGCCGGGAUCAGUGGGCUUGGCCAUACAACGACCACGCUACAACAAUAUGAACAACCGGAUUCAGGUGCUGAUAACGACCGAAGCUGUGAUGCGUACGGUGAAGCUGGCGCCAGAGGAGAUUUUAGGACCACAUGGUAGUUCAUCGGAAGAGCUGACCCUCAUCUCCUUUCAGCCACCCAGGGAUCUGAACGUCUACGCCAAUCGGUGUCAGUAUUUGCUGGCGGCGGGGAGUUGUUUAUCCAGUAGUGCUGCUGGGACGAUGAACGGUGGCGGCGUUCUUGAAACUGUUCCUGCUGAUGUACUAGGAGCUACACAACUACCACCACCCGCCGGAGCAGGUGGAGCACCAAGCUCUCCUCUUUUCUCAGCUGGUCGCUCGAUCGUCCUGUGUACCACCGACCAACGACGGGCAAUUUUGAAGUCUUUUGAUCUGCCCACCUCGAAAUCCGGGGCGUGGUCAAAAACGUCUCCUCCUGGGACGUCUGACAACGACAGCACGCGAGGCGGCCAACAGUUCGCAUUGUGCACGAACCCCUGGGAAGCGGCUUUUCGGGAGUUUAAAUUACCAGUGAUCUCCAACAGCGGUGGUUGGAGUGAAAGAGCAGAAAUGGGCACUGGAAAUCGAAAUGGAACCAACUCCAACGAUUUUUCGCAGCAUAGUGGCUGCUCUGGCUUCCUGGAGCUGCCCGCGACGUCUGCAGCCCCUGCGACGCUAACGCAGUCCGAUAUUUUGUUGGGCGCAACACUGAAAAACAUUUUCGACGAAAUGGCGGCAGUUCCCGAGGAGAGGGUGGUGCCUGUAGUUGCCGAGAUCAGGAGGCUACUGGCAGCCGCGGUGAACCCGGAUGUGGAUGAUGUCGAUGUGAAUCAGGAAGCCGCUGACUCAUCCCUGUCCUUGGACCAGAUCGAAUCUGUGUUGCACGGUGCGCUAGCCUUGCUUUCCGGAUCUACCGUCCGGAUGAUGGGAGAAGGAGAGCAGGACAAUGGAAGAUUCCCAUCCCCGUUAGACCUGUUCACGGAUGGAAGGGGCGAGCAGCCAGGAGAUCAGCAAUCGUUGCUUUCGAUGGGUCGUAGCACGAUAUCAAACACGACUUCCAACUACAGCCUGCUGCAGCGGAAGAAGCACUUUCAAACCCUUCACAUCCACGAUCCGUCGUGCCAAAAUCUGAACACGAUGGACCUUGUGAAAAAGUGGAUUUUGAUGCAUUUGAAAAACGAGUGGCUCGGGUUCGUCAAGGAGAGACGGAAAAAACAAGCCUAUAUGGUUGCGGCCAAGAACUACCACGCCUCCAGCAGGUACAAAAAUAAGCUGCUGGGUCACAACAAUCUUCUCGACAAGCAAAAGAUGCGGAGUGAUUUCUUGGAGAAGCACGUCGGUAUGAUGAUGAAAGCGAGCCGCCAAACGGGUUGGAUUCUGGACGUCAGCGAUUUGUGCGCCAAACGGUUGUUGACGAGCUGCAGCACAAGCGCAACAUCCGGCGUACCCUCGUUUGCGCAAAGAACCACAUCAUCUGCAAGAAGCUUUAGUACCCCAACAUCACUCCUCGUUACCCGCAUUUACAAACUUCCCCGGCUGACCAUCACGAGGAGUGGCAGGAGCAGAUCUUCAUCUUUGACGGGAUCAUGCAAUCGCUCAUUAUCGUCAUCCGGGAGAGCAGGUGCUUUAUCCGCUCUUCACCGCGGGCGGGCAAACUCUCGCAAAAGCCGCGGCACUACAGAUCAUGGAGAUCAGGCUGUAGAGAGACUCUUGCUGCGAAAACGGCUGAAGCGCAUCCUGCCGUGGACCAACUGGCGGGCAAACAAGCUGAAAGCCGCGGACAAGCGAAGGGAGAAAAAGGCACGGAGGGUCAGGCACGAUGAGAGGCUGAAACGGGCGGCGGUGUCACGCUGAAAAUACCUCGUUCUUCGGCGAGCAGGACCACUUUUGGUGAUCAUGUUUAAUAUUAAUUGUGAGUGCAAUAAAACGCACAACGAGAAUUAAAAAAGCAGAAGCACGACGACGACCCUCGUCUGUGCAAAGACAC